AUGACGUUCGUCGGAUCCAACGCGUCUCAGUCACACCCUCGGACAGUCACUCUUGACACCUCUCAUCAGAAGCCUCGGACAAUCACACGUACGGUUCGCGUUUGCCCCGACAGGACGGGCGACGCUUCUCAUCCUCUUCCUCGCGUCUCCGAAGCCCCCGCCUGUAGAAACGGGUUUGCCACGUCAGUGCCAGCAAGGACCAGCCAUCGGCCUGCAAAGAACUCGUCAGCAGUAGACGUUGACGCUGCAAGUGCGCGCCGCGUUUGCGAUCAGUUUGCAGCAACUCCCGCGUCGGCCGCGGGACGAGUGUGUCAGUCUCAGUUAACUUCAAUUCCAGAAUCCUCUCCUGCUGCGACGAUGUCUUGGUUAUCCUCGGAAGAAGCGCGUGGUGCAGCAGGCUUAGCGCGACACUGGAUAGACGCGAGCUCAGAGCUCAGAUUCGCACCAUAUCAGCCUAAUACGCAGUCGCCAGUGAUGCCUUUUGCAGACCUAGCUUCCGGUUCGUUGAAACGCCGGAGAGACGAGAGGCAGGACGGGCUUUCAGAGCUUGCGCAGCAUAAGGAACAGCGAUCCAGUUGCAAGAUGAACGGCAAGAGUAACGGCGGUUACGUCGCCUCUGCGGGUGCUGCACAGCAGGCUCGGCUUCACGGUGCGGUUUUUCUUGACUCGACUCAGAAAUCGGCUUUUCCGGAGCUCCUGCCUGCGGCAGCCGCGGAAGCUGACGUGGCCUUCCCGUCGGGUCCCUCCGGUGUGGUGAGUCCUGUGUGGGAGUCGAACUCGGGACUUCUAGCAGGCUCUUUACUAGGAGGGUCCUUAACGGGCGCUUUGGCCGACUCGCCGGUUUUGUACGAGGAGCGGUUCGCUGAUCCGUUAUGGAAUCACGGACUGACGUACUCGGUUUAUCCGGCAGAUUAUAACGCGGACGGCGGACUUUUCGCGACGGCGGCUGCAGCAGGCGCGGGAGAUGAUGCUGGGGAAGACUAUAACGCGGAUGCGGUGGACGUGCCGCGAAUCGACUCAUCGGCGCAUAUCAACGAUCUGAUAGCGCAGUACUCGCGAGCAGACGUUGUCGCAGCGGCUGACGCGGCGGAAGCGACGGCAGCGGCGACUCUCGUUUUUCCGUCUGACGACGUGUCCGCAUCUCGCGGAUUCCCGUUCUCCUUCCGUCAGCCGCGAUUCGACGGCCCGUCUAAUUCCGCCGGCGCUGGCGGCGCUGCCGUCUGGUUGGAAAAGUGUGCUGCGCGCUCCGACAAAUUCUCGCCGUCGGGGCCGCGUUUGGACUCUGGCUUUCGUGAUUGGACUGUCGCGGCACCGUACGACCGCUUUAAUCGGCUUCCGCGAGUCGCGGAGGAGGUUGAGGAGCCACGGGAAUCAGGACUCCAGGAAAGCGACACGUGGGAAGUGCUGCGGGCAGGCAAGCGGCUGCGGACGGGCAAGGAAGCACAACGGGCAGAUUCACGGGCAGUCGAUGCAUCGCGGGCAGAGGUCGAGACUCCACAAGUGAAGGAGACGAAGCGUGACGCGGAGAGGAUCGUAGCGGAAGAGAAGGAGAAUGAUCCUGCUGGUGCAACGACAGGUGCUGCGGAUGCAGAGACGAGCCUCGUGUCGGGAAGCCUUGCAGCGGGAUUGCUCGCGGGCUGGGCCCACGCGACGGCUGUAGCGGAGUUGCCGGCUGCAGCAGACGCUGUAGCUGAGGUGCCGGCUGUAGCGCUUGAUGGCUCUGCGACGCCGUAUCACACGCCGCACAUGACGCCGUAUCACACGCCGGAGCGCCAGAUAGGCGCUGACGUGGCGGGUCUCCAGGCGGCGCAGGGAUUGGCGGACGCGUGUGCUCCUGGCACGGGAUCACCUGCUGACGUGGCGGCUCCAGGGACGGGGAUCGCUGAGCUGUGCUCGCUGGAGGACACGUGGCAGGUUUCUAGCAGCACAAAACGUGCGAUGAAGGAGUGGCUUGAAACGGUAGGGGGAACGGGGGAAGCGGGGAAAGGGGAAGGGGAGGAGGAAGAUGGUGGGAACGCGGGGGAAGGGGAGGAUGGAACGGGUCCCUUGGAUUGGCUGCUGAAGGCGUCUCCUCCGCGCAUCCACGAGGGUGAUUUACCCAGCGAGGGUGUUUUACCCCAGGGUGGUGUUUCAACACACUGGGGUGUUUUACCCAGUUGGGUGCUGGAGGAGUUGGAAGGGGCAGGAGAAGAGGAGGGGGUGGAAAAGAAAGACGAUCUUAAGGACUAUAUGGAGGAGGCUUUUAGCGAGGAUGAGGGACUGCAGGUGCUGGUGCGAGCGGAUUCACAUGAGAGCUCCACUGCUGGCCCUUCUGUGUACAGUCCGUGGUCCAGAGUGGUGGAGAGCGGUGUCAGAGCUGCAGAGGAGGGGGAGACACAGGUUAAGAAGCAGCAGCAGCAGGAGGAGGAAGAGGGGUGGAAAGGGAAGAAAGGGGGACAGCUGCAGGAUGUGCCAUCUGCAUGGAUGAACGGCUGUGAUUCGAUUGAUCUGGGGCUUGAGUAUGCUGCAGUCGAGGAGUCGGAAGGAGGAGGUGAGGAAGGGGAGGAGGAGGCUGACGUGGCAACUGGAGAAGCUUCUGGGAAGGACUCCCACGUUGCUACACUGUCCCAUGCACCUGUGGUGGUUCCACGGAGAGCAGAGAUGGUAAGAGGAAGAGAAAGGGGAGUAUGGGGCAUUGGUAGUGAAUGGGGCAUUGGUAGUGAAUGGGGCAUUGGUAGUGUAUGGGUCAUUGGUAGUGUAUGGGGCAUUGGUAGUGUAUGGGUCAUUGGUAAUGUAUGGGGCAUUGGUAGUGUAUGGGGGAUUGGUAGUGUAUGGGGCAUUGGUAGUGUAUGGGGCAUUGGUAGUGUAUGGGGCAUUGGUAGUGUAUGGGGCAUUGGUAGUGUAUGGGAAGGCAAGAACGGGAGGAAAGAUCUGUGGCAGGAUUCAGGAGCAAGCUAA